ACACCGCACAAAACCUCACUCUCUCGCUCGCUCGCUCACUCUCUUUAAAACAAAAACCUUUCUCUCUCUCUCUCCCCCCCUCUCUCUUUUUCCUUCUUUCUUUUCCGAGAGAGCUCUCUAGAGACCAUCACUUUUAGGUCUCCUUGGAGCUCCCAAGCACAUGGUUCAAUGAAUAGCAUUUCAGUUUGAAAUCACGUAUUGCGCUUCCACGAAGCAAGCGAAGAUGAACAAAGAAAAUGCAACUACUGCCAAACUUGAAGAGCCCGCUACUCGAAUUACACGGGCACGUGCUAAAGCCUUGGGGGCUUCGGUAGGAAUAUAUCCUGCCUCAAAACCCUCCUUCAAGCAGGAGCAGAGGCAUCCUCUUAGAGCAAAGACCAAAAGAGCAGCAUCAGAUGAGAAUAAAUCUGCUUCGACCUCGAUUGCUGGCUUUAAGCAUAAGAGAAGGGCGGUGCUUAAAGAUGCGAGCAACAUCUUUUGUGAGAAUUCUCAUCAAAACUGCAUCCAUGCAACUAAACAAUAUACUAGUAAACUAGCUAGAAAAUGUCCUCCGAAAACAAAUGCAGAGGUGGCUGCUCGUAUCUCUAUGAAAAUUUCACCGGUUCAGGAGGAUGUAAAAGAAAAGUUAGCUGAAGAGCUGUCAAAAAUAAGAAUGGGAGAAGCACAAAAUUUUACUUCACCAGCAAAGUUAGAGGUAAAACAAGAUAGUUUGUGUCAUGGCACAGGAGAAGGUGGUGUAGCAGAUCCGAUGCUUCUAAUACCAGUUUCCACAAAAUUUUCUGGAGUUGAAAGCCCUCUAAAGAAAGAAGUAAACGAGAUUUCAAAAAAACUGGAUGCCUCAAGUGGUGCGAGCGUAGUGGAUAUUGAUUUAAACAUAAAAGACCCUCAGUUCUGCAGCUUGUAUGCCCCUCAUAUAUAUAACAAUAUACGUGUGAAGGAGCUUGACCUAAGACCUUCAGUUGAUUACAUGGAAAAGUUGCAGCGCGAUAUCAGUCCAGGAAUGCGAGGAAUUCUGAUUGACUGGCUUGUGGAGGUUUCUGAAGAAUAUACGUUGGUUCCAGAUACUCUUUACCUCACUGUCAAUCUCAUUGAUCGAUUCCUCUCACAGAACUAUAUUGAAAAACAAAGACUCCAACUGCUUGGUGUUACUUGCAUGUUAAUUGCCUCUAAGUAUGAAGAAAUUAUUCCGCCAAGAGUGGAAGGGUUUUGCUUCAUCACUGACAAUACUUACACAAGAGGAGAGGUUCUGAAAAUGGAGAGUCAGGUCCUGAAUUUCUUGUACUUUCAGUUAUCAGUUCCUACCACGAAAACAUUCCUGAGGAGAUUCAUUCAAGCAGCACAAGCUUCUUGCAAGGUUCCUUGUGUCGAACUGGUGUUCUUGGCAAAUUAUUUGGCAGAGUUGACUCUUGUUGAGUACAACUUCCUAAAGUUCUUACCUUCCCUCAUAGCUGCAUCCGCUGUUUUUCUUGCCCGAUGGACACUCAAUCAGUCAGAUCAUCCAUGGAACUCAACUCUUGAGCACUACACUAGAUACACAGCAUCAGAACUGAAAACUACAGUACUUUCUCUGGAAGAUUUGCAGCUGAACACCAAUGGUUGUUGCCUAAAUGCUAUACGCGACAAAUAUAGACAACAGAAGUUCAAAUCUGUAGCAACAUUGACCUCAGUGCGACGAGUUUCAUCGCUUUUCUGAAGACGAAGAAAAACUGGUCCUGCAUUAACAAGCACAGCACUCUGAUUCGACACUUUGAGGGUGAUAUCGAUUCUAAUCAUAGAGUUUAAUUCAAUCAAAAGUUUGCAUUUGUCUAUCGUUGUUGUAAGAUCUAAUCUUGUUCUGGUGCUUCCAGUCCAAAGUCAGUUGUUGUAAUCAGUGGUCGGUAGCAUAACACACUCGAUGAGGUAAUUUAUAUGCCAUGGGUGGAAUAAUUGCACAACUUCCUAGUCAAUAGGAAGCUUUAACCGCACCUAGGUUAUCCAAUAGAUUGCUAAUUAGCAAUGAGAAAUGUAGUUAUUUCAACUUAUGUUGUAUUUAAACCUUGUGAAUCACAGAAAAAAAAAAACUAGAAAAAAAAAAAGGAAAUAAUAAUUUUUCAUAUUGGAAUA